GAGCUUGGGUUUGCAAGGAACCCAGGAGCCUAGGUAACCUGCGACAAGCCCAGCUCGUGGGUUCGUGGAGAACCCAGGAUCGUGGGUAGCGUACAACGAACCCAGCUUACAGGUUCAUGAAGAACCCAGGCUCCUGGGUAGCCUGGGUUCGCCUGGGGGGAAAAGGAAAAAAAGAAAAAAAAAUGGCUGGAGGAAGUGGAGUCCAUGUGGAGGGUGACGUGGAGUCUACAUGGAGGAUGGCAUGGAGUCCACAUAAGGAGGAGCUUAAAGAGACUGUGGAGAAUGCAAAAGAAUUGCUAAGUCAAUGGUUUAGUGAAGUUAAAUCGUGGAUGCCUACCAUGGUGGCAAAGGAAAGACUUGUGUGGCUUAAAUGCUUUGGGGUUCCUCUACAUGUGUGGGGUUCAGAAUUCUUCUCCUCUAUAGCAAGUGAGUGGGGCAAGUUUAUUUCUCUUUAUGACAACACUAGACUGAAAAAGAGAUUUGACGUUGCUAGAGUCUUAAUCUCCAUAGCAGAAGACAAAAUUAUCUCCAAAGCUAUUAACUAUAUGAUCAAUGGUCAUAUGUACUGCAUCCAUUGUAUGGAGGAAGAAUUAAGUUCUGGGUGCUUCUCUUUAAAAUCAGAUUUUGUCCCAAAAUACCAAUAUGCUUUAGAUGAGGUAGAGGACGGGUCUUGGGAUUCUGAUGAAGAAGACGAUGAAGACGUGGCAAACAAUGGUUGGCGGAUUGAUGAUGAGAUAGAAGGUUUAUUCAAAUUGUGUGGAAGCAAAAAGAAAGAUUUUGCAAAUCAACCAAUUUAUGGGGAAUUGGGCGCAACGAGUAGAAGAAAAGAGAAGAAUGAGGAGGAAGAGUCCUCUGACGCAAGGGGCAACUGUGAGUUGGUGCCGAAAAUCAUUAAUUGUGGAAACAUAGAAAGUAGUGUUCAACAGCUGGAUAUCCAAAAGUAUAGCAACUUUGAAAAUGGAAGUCUACAAUUGGACAGGAGUAGAACAAAGGUGACAGAGCAACCCGAAAACGGAGGUGAUGAGGAGGCCCAAUUUUUAACAAAGCAAGGGCACUACAAGCAAAAUGAAUCAGAUCCACCAAAGGAGACAAUUGAAGAGCAUGAGGAGGUUAAUUCAUUUUGGAAAGGCCUCGCUAGUGACCUAGGUAGAUUACAAGAAUGGAUGAAAGUGGGAGAAAGAAAGAACUUGAGAAAGAGAAACAGUAAAAGGCAAAAAGUAAGAGCAUGCAUGGCUGUGUACCAGUAUUCCACCAUGGUGGCGAACAAGGAUAGUCUGACAAAGAAGAGAGGAAGAUCCAACUUGAAGAAAAAUCAGAGAGAGAGAAUACCGACCUUUAUUCUAGAUCUCUUGAAUCCGGUUGUAGGUGGAUCCAUUUUUUAUAGCGGUAUCUUCAACUGUAACAGGGGAGGAAUCCAAAGUAAUCAAGGAUCGAUGGCAAACGAAAUUUGGAAGUUUGCUAAAAUAAUGGGCAUUUCUACAAGAGGUAGCGAUAAGGAGACUGUAAAGAGGAUUGCAGAACUAGAGAGAAGGGACAAAGAAGCCAGAAAGCUGCUAAUGCAAAAGGGAGCCACAAAUGGGAAGAAUGUCAGUAACUUAGUCCCAUGAAUUUAAUGUCCUACAAUAUUAGAGGAUUAGGAGGGUAUGGUAAGAAAAGAGAUAUUAAAGAGUUGAUUAGAAAGGAGAAAGGAAAUUCUUGGCAUUACAAGACUCAAAGCUACAGUUGAUCGAUAGAAAAUUAUGUAGAUUAUUAUCGGACUCUAAUGAUUUUGAUUUUGUGGCUAAACCUUCUAAUGGGCAAUCAGGUGGGUUGAUAUGUAUAUGGAAUAAAGUAGUGUUCAAGUU